GCCUCGGGGCUUCGCUGCCCAGGCGGGGCCGCGCAGUAAAGCGGAGCGAGGGGCGGGGCCUCGGCACCUCCUCCAUCCCUGGCUGCGGACCGCAGGGAUGUUCCCGGCUCAGGAGGAGGCUGACAGGACCGUGUUUGUGGGCAAUUUAGAGGCCCGAGUGCGGGAAGAGAUUCUUUACGAGCUGUUCCUUCAGGCUGGGCCACUAACCAAAGUGACUCUUUGCAAAGACAGAGAUGGAAAACCAAAGUCCUUUGGCUUUGUCUGCUUCAAGCACCCUGAAUCCGUGUCUUAUGCCAUAGCUUUGCUGAAUGGAAUUCGUUUGUAUGGGAGACCAAUUAAUGUGCAGUAUCGGUUUGGGAGUUCUCGCUCUUCUGAACCAGCUAUCCAAAGUUUUGAGAGCUGUGCUAAGAUUAACUCUCACAGCUUCAGGAACGAUGAAAUGGUGGUCAGGCCUUCCUUUCCCAUGCCGUUUUUCCCAAUUACGGGUGCUGCCUUACCUCAAGAGUAUUUUUUCUUUCAAAAAAUGCAGUGGCCAGCCCACAGUCCAGUGCUGCCACCUCCUUUCUAUGAGAUGUCGGCUCCCCUUCCCAACAGCACGCCUGGGUCUUGCUCCUUAAAUCACGCUCCAGACCUAGAGGCUGGACCAAGCUCCCAUGAAUGGACUCACCAACCACCAAGCGACUCUGACCUGUAUCCUAGGAAUAAACGAAAGAGGCAAAGGCCCGACAGUGACAGCGACAGUAGCUCUGAAGACAAGAGAGGAAGUGAAGGUAGCCAAAAGUGCCGCAAGUAUAAAAAGAAGAAAAGACACUAGAGAACUGUAUCUGCACUGCUCUCAAACCUCUCUGGGAAAAAAAAAAAUCUGUUGCACCAAAUGACCGAUUUCUUGGCCAGCUUGUCGGUUUUGAAACAUACUGAAAUAUGACUCUGUGAUUUGCUAUUCAGCUUGCUAUUCGUGCGCAUCAAUGAUAAAAGCCUUUAAACAAUAAUAUAAUGUACUGCUUUUGUAUUUACAAGAUUGCCUUUGGACCAUUGUCAAUACACUUUGCCUCAUCAUAUUUUAGUGUCGUGGAUGGAAUUUCAUUAAAUUCUAAGUCCACUCACUAAGCCCUUGAGGGGUGAGCUUUACGCUCUCCCUAGAGUCUCACCGAAGGCUGUCAACCACAGGUGGGCUGGCCACAGAGGGGGUGCUGGCAGAACUCAUGGGAGUAAUUAAAAACAGUGUGCUCUAGUAAAUAUGUAGCGUGGAGGCUUGAGUGCCUGUUAUCACAGACACUUUACUUAUGCCUAAAUGUGAUAUCUCUGAGCAUCACUAGCAGGGUUGAUUCCUAUGGCCAUGACUGUGGCACCAAAGGAAGGAUAACUGUCAUAGGCUCAAUGUCAGAUGCUUAAAGGCACUAUGUGGUUAUGCCCUUUUAUCUGUGAUUCUUAUUUGAUAUAAUUAUCUGUAUAUAUCACAUUUAUUGUUUGAUGGUGUCAGUAUCUGCUCUCUAGUUCCCUCAGCAGCGGUGGAAAGGGCAUAGUGACAGUGCGAAUUGCCGUGAUGGGCAAGCGUAGGGAAUGAUGCCGCCGCCACAGCACCGUAUAUUUAAUGCCUAUUGUCCAAGUCUAUACGUUUGAUUCACUUAUUUUAGAAGAUAAAUGUACAACAUACCAAAUGGAUGGUGUAUGUCAACACUUUUGUUUAACUUAAUAGCUUACCAUAAACUAAAAUGAUGACGAUCAUAUAUGUAUUAAAGCUAAUUGAAAAGAUCAUGCAAACCCAUUGUGAAUUAUCUACUCAGUUCAGUAGGGAAUAAGGCACACGUGGGUGUGACUACUGCAUGCUGCUUACUCUUUCAUACAUAUUAUUUAUUUAAGGAAUAAAAAUAUCUUUAACCAAC